AUGGCACCAAAGGACGCAGCCAAGGCCAACAAGGGCAAGAACUCCAAGGCCAGCAAGCCAUCUGCAAAGGCUUCUGCUGCUGCCAAAGCGACUCUUCGCGGUGUCAACUCGCACAAGACAUCCAAGGUCCGGAAGAACACCUCUUUCCACCUUCCCAAGACCCUCCAGCUCUCGCGCGCGCCCAAGUACCCCCGCCGCUCGAUCCCCCACCAGCCUCGCCUCGAUGCCGGAAAGGUCAUCAUCCACCCUCUCAACACCGAGAGCGCGAUGAAGAAGAUUGAGGAGAACAACACCCUUGUCUUCAUGGUCGACACCAAGGCAAACAAGAGGCAGAUCAAGCAGGCACUCAAGACCCUGUACGACGUUGAGACCAUCAAGAUCAACACCCUCGUCCGCCCCGACGGCACCAAGAAGGCCUUCGCUCGCCUGACCCCAGACGUCGAUGCCCUCGACAUCGCGGCCACCAAGCUCGCAAUCGUCUAA